AUGCCUUUCUAUCCGGUCUGCAAUAGCAAGGGUGACAUUUUCUACUCGCCUUGUCAGGCUGGCUGCCCUCUGGGCGGGGCGAAUUUCAGUAUCUAUGCGAAGGCAGAUAAAAGGAUGGCACCGACGUUUACUGAGUGUGAAUGUGCCGGAACUGAUGAUUUGGUUGUCAGCAGGAAAUACUGCCCAACUGAGCAUUGUGAUGGCCAGUUCCAUAUAUUCCUUAUCAACAAAGUCGUAGGAGCGAUAUUUGCCGGUCUAUCUGUCGUGCCUGGAAUGCUGAUUGUUCUCAGGUCUGUGCCACCGGAGCAUCGCAGUAUCUCUCUAGGUUUCCAUGGAUUCCUCGUGAGUUUACUAGCCACAUUGCCAUCCCCAGUUUUCUGGGGUAAGAUCUUUGACAUGAGUUGCUUGAUGUGGCAGACAGUGUGCAAUAAAACUGGUGCCUGUUCAAUCUACAACACUCGUGAACUUCGAAUACGAUCUCAUUUAAUCUACGGCGGUUUACGACUUUUAUCUCUGAUAUCCGACAUCUGGGUGAUAUACUGGGCAAAGAACCUCAAACUGGUUGACGAAGAGGAAAGAGCCGACAAAGUCGAAUGA